CACUCGCUCGCAGGUGCGCGCACAGUCACGCACUCCGUCGUUCACGCGCGCUCCGGUCUCUACCGUGCCAGCCUCUGUAGUCGCGGUGUCCCAAACACAACACCGAGCAAACGGUUGUCGUUUUCCUCCCGGGACAGAUCCUGCACCUCCACACUAGAAUAUGGCGACAGAGUUCCACAACCUUCAGGAGCUGCGGCACAGUGCGUCGCUGGUAACAAAGGUGUUUAUCCAGAGAGACUACAGCGAAGGAACCGUGUGCCGAUUCCAGACCAAGUUCCCUUCAGAGCUCGACAGCAGGAUUGAGCGAACGUUGCUGGAGGAAACGGUGAAGACCCUGAACUCGUAUUAUGCGGAGGCCGAAAAAAUUGGAGGUCAGUCGUACCUGGAAGGAUGUCUGGCUUGUGCAACAGCUUACAUCAUCUUCCUCUGCAUGGAGACACGCUAUGAGAAGGUGCUGAGGAAGAUAUCAGGCUACAUCCAGGAACAGAAUGAGAAGAUCUACGCUCCUAGAGGUCUGCUGAUCACAGACCCCAUAGAGAGAGGAAUGAGGGUUCUAGAGAUCAGCCUGUUUGAAGACCGGGGCUCGGGCGGCUCCAGUCCCAGCAGCAGCAUGUCGUCAGGCAGCAGCGCUCGGUGACUGGAGGGGCAGCGCCAGGCUUACGGAUACCACCACAGGGGCAGCGGAACACUUACCAACAUCCGCAUGCUGAAACAUGAGAGCACCAGGUUCUAGGACAAGUGGAGAGAUUUUUAAAAAAAAAGGCAAGGAGGUGAUCCACAGCAUUCACACUCUCCCUGCUGGGGCCUACAAUGUACCACCUCGAGAAGAGGAGCUGGCUUACACCAACACACUGGAUACCUAACACAAUAAACACAAGAGCAACAGAACCCAUACAUAGGUUGUAGACACAUCCACAGCGUCUGUGAGGAGUAUCCUUCACUUCCAACAGCUAUCCGAGCCAAAAUAAUCAUACUUUCCUUUCUUUUCUCCAUUAACCUUUCCGCUCAUUCCAUCACGUCUGUUUACAUGAGUCACACCGUGUCCGCUUUGUAGCUGAUUCAGCUGAGGCUUACCCUUAAUUAGACUGGAUGUCGAUGCUUGAUUGUUUUCAGGAGGUCACUGUCACUGCUUAUCUGCUGAUCUAUUGGCAGUGUAGUCUUAGAUCCGUGCAGCAGCUCUGAAAUCCAGGAGGAAAAACUACCAGCGUCCUGGGAGACCCAAUGUUCUCUGUUCUUCCUGAAUGACUGCACUUGUGUCAGGUGGUCGAGGUCGAGCCACUUUGAAUGCUGGCAAAUUGGAACUGCUGUGGGACCACUUGUUUCUAUGCUCCGUUCACAUGCAUUUGGCUGCAAUAUCAAACGGCCAUCCGAGAGCACCUUGAAUUAUUUAUCCUUCUCAUUCACAGCAGCGGAUACUAGUGAUCCACAUCACAGCUGUAAGGUCACACUCCUACCCACAUAUGCUCCGCACACACACACAUAUGCAUACAAAUGCACACAACUGUGCAUAUACACUGACACACACCUGUGGGUAGCGGCUAUGCAUUCCUGCACACACACACAGAUUCUGGCAGACGGGGAAUCAUCAGAGCCAGACAAUAUUCUCUGUGGUCUCAGCUCAUUGGGAACACUAGCAAACCCUGUAAGGCCCUGUGAGGCCACGCUAGUCCGUGUAUCUGUUGUGUUGUGAGUGUGCAUGUGCCACCAGUCUAGUGUGAGAUGAAAGCUGGCAUCAUUUAGAACAAAAAAAUCAAGGAUCAGUGCCCUAAAUGAGACCAGAAAACACUCUGACAUAUUGGGUCCUGCAAAAAAAGUGGAGCGCUGCCUGCUAUCUUUAUAGAUAUUUAAUUUGUGAAACAUUAGAGGUGUUAAUGACAUAUAUGUGUUUAUAUGUGAGUAUAGGUGUAUGCAGGAGAAUCAGCACAAACAGAGUUCAAUACCUAAACCUCUCUUAGUCUGUCUGCUGUAUAAAAAAACUAAAUAAAAACAGCAGUGAUAUAUAACACACAGCUGGAAUGUAUUGUACCUGACAUGCAAGCAAGUUGAUGCUGAUAAAGAUUUCAAAAUAGUCUGUUAUUAGUCUUUCCUUAUGUCAAGGGCACACUGUUAUAGCUCUCUUAAGGAUCACACUGAGAAAGUUCUUUUGAGAGAAAAAUGACUGAAAGGAUUAAAUGUUAAGACAAACGUGUGAUUGGGGUCAUUCUCCAGCAGCUUAUUCAAGCUUAAUAUCCAUCUAACACUGCUUACUCACACUAUUACUACUCUGCAGGUGUCUUACUAAUACAACAUCCUCAGCACAUUCAAUAAAGUGCAGCCUGAGGAGCAUAAAUUCUGCCUCUCUUUGGAAAAAUAGAGCAUCCUGUGUGACUAAUGCGACUCUGUGUGUGUGGAGGCUGAUGAGAUGAAAGGUGAUCAUUAUGUAGCAAAAAUGUUGAUGCCAACAGACAGCACACCCACGCAGCGACGAACAAAAGACGAGACCUUCUGAAAAAAAUCCUAAAUCCUGUUUCUGCAUCUGCAUAUUUUAUUUCUGUUGUGACAGUUUCAGAGUUGCUUUUACCAUUUUCAGUUUUGUUUUCCUAAACCUCGCCUCAUAUCACAGCUCUAGGAGUGUAGCCUUUGCCCCUUCUUUAGCAUAGUUCGCUAUGAGCAAACCCUUCAGCAGAGCCACUGCCUUGCAGCAAGUCUUGUGUACCGUCACCAGAGCAGUGUCAAUUUAAAGUUAAACUACUUACUGGAAAGUCAUUGCAGAAUUGAUAACGUUUUGCUUUAUUCCCGUUGAUAGUUUAAUUUCAACCUGACAUUUUAUGACCUGGAUGAGUGCGAUGAACCUGCACAGACAUUCUACCACAGCGGUUGAGUUCAGUUGUGCUUGUGUUCAUCUCCUGUGCUUUUUUGAUGCCUUCAUGUUUCAUCCCAGUCGAGUGGAUAUCCAGCCUGGGGCUGAUGGACUGAAUUUAAAAAUGACUCAACACUGCCAAUUAGCAAUUAAAGGAGCUCAUUGGACAAUGUAUAAAGAAUAAAAACAACAGUGAGUGUAAAUGAACUGUACAGAAGAAGAACUGCACCAUAAAUGACCGUCAGUGUUUAUACACAGUGGGCCUGUAAAGAAGUGGAUGGAAAUGCUGUAAACAUAUUUAAUUCCACAAUGUCACUGAUGCUCAGAAGUAAACCCUGAAUAUGUGUUUAGUGUUUUUAUAUUCUCUAUAAUUUGGGCAUCCAGUGAAAGAGCAGCUAGAAAAGUGUAUCGUCUGUACAGCAGAAGCUGAUGUGUAGUAUCGUCUGUAACAAGAAGGUUCUGUUUUGUUCAUCCAAAACUUUGUUUAAAGUGUUGAUACUGUAGCUUAUGAUGUUGUUAGUAAGAAUAACAGUGUCAGUUGCUGUUGGAGGUGAAGAGAACAGUGAUGAUGGUGAUUCUCAGGGGAAAGUCUAAAAUGUGCCAAAUUCAAAAGCUAAACCUCUCAAAGAAUAAGUUCACUUGUGUAGCCAUGCUAGCAGCUUUAGUGUUGGUCUGUCGGUUGGUUCAUCAUGCUGCAGAUAGAAAUAUUUUUCACAAAAACGAUUAAAUGGACUGAGAUUAAAUUUGAUACAGAUUUCCAAGGGCUCCAGAGGAUGGACAGUCUUCACAUUGGCGAUGCUUUGACUUACUAAACAGUUAAAUCUAUGUGAUGGAUCAACACAAAAUUCCCAGAUCCCAGACAAUGAUUUUAUUAACGCUCUGACUUUUCCUGUGGUGCUGUCAUGAGCUUAGCAUUAGUGCUUUUGAAUAAAAUGUCUAGGUAACUAUUAGAUCAAUUUUCCAUGAAACUGGAUUGAGACAUUCAUGUUCCCCUUGGGUUUAUUUGGAAUAAUAUUGUGAUUUCUCUGCUUUUCAUUAUUGAGUCAGAAUUGAACUUUUGUAACAAAUAGCAGCAUAACUAAUAGGAUUCCCAUCAGCAUCACCACUUUAGUGCUAAUUAAAAACUUUUAUCAAGGUGAGAAUCUAAGAUGAUGCAUGUUUUACCCGCUAAAACAUGGCAUUAUCAUUGUUACCAUGGUGACCACUGCCCUGCUGUACCAAAUUCAUCUCAGAAAGCAGCUAACAUGGCUACAUGUUUUAAGUAUGUCUUAAAGUUUCUGAAGUUUAUUGGCAUGCUAGUACAUUAUUACUCCAAAAAUCUGAACUUAUCUUUUAAAACUGAGGUGAAAAAGAAGCACCAUGUGCCACUUUAUACUUUAUGUAGCUCGUUCUUUCAGGAACUACUCAGAUUAAUAAGGACAACCAAAAAAAAAAGUGAAGAUUAUGAUAAGGUAUUAAUGUAUUCUUGUUUUUAAAAAAAAGAAAAAGAUAAGAACCUUAUCACAGAGCAGACUGCAUUUUCUUGCUACUUAUCAAGAUAACCUCUUUGCUAAAAUGUCUUUGGAAGAGAAGCUGAGAUAUAAAACAUGGGCCAAAUGAUGAUGUAUAGUGCAUUUCAGUAUGUAAAUUUCCACAUUUGCCAUGUAUUUAUCUUGUACUGUAUUUGAGAGUGCAGUGAGUCCACUCAGACUCAUGGAAUCAUCAGUGAGAUGAUACUGUAUGUAUGCUAUGCUGUUUCAGUCAGAGACUAUUCAAUAGUGCAAUAUGAUGUCUUCCUAAAAAUAUAAAAGAUGAUGAGUAGACUCUA